CUCUCUUUCUCUCUCUCACUUUCUUUCUCAGUCGCUCGCUCCCCAUCCACGAAACCCUGGAGUCCCGACUGCUUUUUCUCCCGACAGACUCUUUUUCCUCUCCUCUUUUUUUUUGACUGUGAUGCCUCCUCUGACCAUCCCUCGUUCUCAGCGCAAACCCUGAAGGCUGCGGCGAGACAACCGCGCACACACACACACACCGCGCAGCGCGGCACAACGGACGCACGGAGAGAACGACAUACACACCUCCACGCUCAGGAGAGAACAAACUAAAACAAGCUGUGAUUGCGUGCGUGCUCUGAGAGAGGAGCAUGUUGUGGCUGUGAUGUCGCUGGACAUGGAGAAGGCCGUCACAAAGCUCAUGUACGACUUCCAGCGGAACUCCACUUCUGACGACGACUCAGGCUGUGCACUGGAGGAAUACGCGUGGGUACCGCCGGGUUUGAGUCCCGAGCAGGUACAUCAGUACUACAGCUUCCUGCCCGAGGACAAGGUGCCGUACGUGAACAGCAUCGGGGAGAAGCAUCGCAUCAAGCAGCUCCUGCAUCAGCUCCCGCCGCACGACAACGAGGUGCGCUACUGUAACACGCUGGACGAGGAGGAGAAGAGGGAGCUGAAGAUCUUCAGCAACCAGCGCAAGCGGGACAACCUGGGUCGCGGCAACGUGCGUCCACUCCCCCUCACCAUCACCGGCGCGGUCUGUGAGCAGUGCCGAGGGCAGGUGAAUGGCGGGGACAUCGCGGUGUUUGCGGCGCGCGUGGGCCACGGCGUGUGCUGGCACCCCCACUGCUUCGUGUGCUCGGCGUGCGACGAGCUGCUGGUGGACCUCAUCUACUUCCACCAGGACGGCAAGAUCUACUGCGGACGCCACCACGCCGAGAGGCUCAAGCCCCGCUGCUCCGCCUGCGAUGAGAUCAUCUUCUCAGACGAGUGCACGGAGGCGGAGGGCCGCCACUGGCACAUGAAGCACUUCUGCUGCUACGAGUGUGAGGCCCCUCUGGGGGGCCAGCGCUACAUCAUGAAGGACGGCCGGCCCCACUGCUGCAACUGCUUCCAGUCGCUCUACGCAGAGUACUGCGACGCCUGUGGAGAGCACAUAGGUAUUGACCAGGGCCAGAUGACGUACGACGGUCAGCACUGGCACGCCACCGAGGAGUGCUUCUGCUGCGCCCGCUGCAAGCAGUCGCUCCUGGGCCGCCCGUUCCUGCCCAAGCAGGGCCAGAUCUUCUGCUCGCGCUCGUGCAGCGCGGGCGACGAGCCCGACGAGUCCGACUCGGCCGACUCGGCCUUCCAGAGCGCCCGCUCGCGCCAGUCGCGCCGCAGCGCCCGCAUCGGCCGCCACGGUGGCAGCAGCGGCGCCAAGUCCAAGGCCAAGGCCAAGCCCGAGGGCCGGCAGAUGUCGUCGGCCAGCAACCCGGACCGCCUGUCGGCCGACAUGGACCCGCUGUCCACCCAGAUGGACCUGCUGAGCGUGGCCAGCCCCGCGGGCAGCCGUACCCCGAGCCGGACCCCCAGCCGCACCCCCAGCCGGACGCCCAGCCGCACGCCCAGCCUGAACCGCGAGCAGGCCGUGUGGAUGAGCCGCGACGAGCCCUCCUCCGCCUACCAGUACGAGGCGCCGCCGCAGAGGGACCCGUCCCCGGCACCACCACCCAACCCCCACCCGCACCCGCACCAGCACCCGCACCAGCUCCAACACCAGCACUCGCACCAGCACCAGCUGAUGGGCCAGUGCAACCCGCGGCCGCCCUACGUGUCCAGCCAGAGCCAGCAGGGGCCGGCGCCGGUCCACUCGGGCGGAGGCGGCGGAGGUGGGGGAGGCGGCGUGGGGGGUGGCGGUGGUGGUGGCGGAGGGGUCCAUCAGGACGGCUGGCCCAAGGAUCCGCAGGCGGGGCCCCCGGGGGUCAACCCCAAGAAGCCGCCCGUCAUGGCGGCCCUGCGGGGCCACUCGUUCAACGAGAACUGGAUGCACCACAGCCAGGACACGGAGUUCCGCGCGCCCAAGCUCAAGACGCAGAUGAGCUUCAACGAGGCGUCCAGCCACGGGGUGGGCAGGGGGGGCGUCGCGGGCGGCGUGGGGGGGGGCGUGGGGGCCUUCUCGGACAAGCGCAGCGUGAGCGUGCACGGCUUCCCCCGCGAGGUACGGCCCCCGCUGCUGCGCAGCCGCACGCCCAUCAACGAGAUGAUGACCCCGCCCGAACAGACGCCGCACGGAUCCACAGACUCCCUCUCACUGUCCUACGCCACAGGCAAUUCUCUGGACGGCACCACCAAGCGCCAGGAGCACCUGUCCCGCUUCUCCAUGCCGGACCUGAGCAAGGACUCGGGCAUGAACGUGUCGGAGAAGAGCAACAUGGGCACGCUCAACUCCUCCAUGCAGUUCCGGAGCAGCGAGUCGCUGACCUCGGCCCCGCGGCCCUUCUUCGACCUGGGCGUGCCCGUGCGCCUCAAGUACCCGCCCAUGCAGUACUGGGACCCGCCGCGCGGCCUGGGCUUCCAGGAGAAGGUCAAAGGUCACCCGGGGCUGGCGGUCAGCAUGGGGAACAUGCACGUCACCCCGGUGAUGGAGCGGCGGGCCCCGCCCGGCCGUCCCGGUCGACUCGGAGAGCAGGAUCUGCGAGGAGGAGGGGGAGGAGGAGGAGGGGGAGGGGGAGGAGGGACGCGCCAGCGCCACCACCGCACCGGGGGGCGCCACCGGCACCACCACCAGGGCCACGGGCAGCACGGGCACCACCACCACCAUCACCACCACCACCACGGCGGCGGGCACCGGCAGUCGCGGCGCUCCCGCUCCGACAACGCCCUGCACCUGGCCGCCCAGGGCCCCGGCGCCAGCGGCACGGCCGGCAGCGGAGGCAGCGCCGGCUACCACGGCGACCUGGGCCCGGCGCACUUCUUCCACGAGCGCUUCCCCCCGCGCGAGCUCUUCGGCGGUGGAAACUUCCCUGGUGGAAACCUCGGCGCCUACCGCCAACACUUCUACCCGCGGCCGUGCCCGCGGACGACCUCCGACCUCACCCUGCAGAACCCCGGGGGCGGCGGCGGCGGGUCGGGGGUGCAGGGGCGCGGGGGAGGCCCGUACCUGAACGGCUACGGCGAGGAGGAAGAGGAGGGGGGCGACGAGGAGUACUUCUGCUCCACCUGCUCCUCGUCCACCGAGGAGUCCGCCGACGAGGGCUACUUCCUGGGCGAGCUCAUCCCUCGGCCGGUGCAGGUGCGUUACCUAGACAACGAGGAGCUGCGGCACAGGUACAGCCCCACGGCCCUGGGGGGCCGCGGACAGCUGCACACACGCCGGCGCAGGAAGAGCAAGAACUGCAGCAUUUCAUAGGACCGUGUGUGUGUGUGUGUGUGUGUGUGUGUGUGUGUGUGUAUUGUAUAUGUGUGGAGGCGAUGGUAUAUUUGUAACAUGUGGGAGGAAGCACUUACGUGAAUUUGUGUGGGUACAGAUGUACAGUGUGUGUGUGUACAAAUUAGCCUGUGAGUUGUGAGUUCAUGCACUGAAUAUGUGUAUCUGUGCGUGUGUGUGUGGUGUGUGUGUGUUGUGUGUGUGUGUGCGUGUGCAUUGUGUGUGUGUGGACGGGUUGUACAUGGAUGAGAGAUUUUUGUUGUGCUCAAGUGAACAGAACACUGCCGGGGAUUCAAGCGGAUGGAACUACAGUAUUUUGAAAGUGUAACAUGAUGUUUUUGGACAUCAUCUUAAAUCUUCAGUGGACAAUAAGAAAGCCACACACACUUAACAUGGAUCUAACUUCCUCCUAACCCACUGUAUUCUCUGUACUUAUGAACCUAAUGAGCGUCACACGGUGUGAACUCUCAUGAGCCGUUUGCAGAGACUGAACUCGGAUGACUUAGAGAUGCUACAGAAAUGAUAUAAAGAGUAUUAACCAUUAAAUAUUUAAAUAUGACUUUAAAUAUUGUAUUCUUGAAACCCCAAAUGUUGUAGAGAUAAAAAAAAAAAAAAAGCUGUGCAAUAAGAAUGUCCUCUGCUGACCAUUGUGAUUUGGUCAGGCUGCCGUCCAUCAGUAAAAGCUAGAGGGGGGGAAGCGUGAAGGUGGACUUUGGGAUCGGGCCAACCGCAGGUUAUGGGAGGGCAGCCAUGAAACCGGGUUCAGCUGGGUUCGGCCGGCUCCAGGUACCGCUGUGCUGUCCGGUACAGAGGUCAUCCAGACCUGGGUGGAGUGGCUCUGGUGCUGGUGGUGGUGUUCUAACGGAAGGCCUCAUGGCAUGAUGGCCCCUUGGAAGAGGAGAGGAAGUAGCUGAACUAGAUCGACGUGAACGUUCUCCCUUCCCCACUAUAAAUAGACCCCCCCCCCCUCCCAGCUUCUGCCAUUUCUGCAUCAAAGACGAGCUACUAUGAUCCCCCUCUUCUCUAUCUUUUUAGUUUCUCUCUCUCUCUCUCGCUCUUUCAGGCCUUUCCCAUGACAGCAUUGUUCAGUAUCGUCCAGUGUUUCAUGCCGUUAUUCCUUUCACCUCCUUUUCCUCCGAGCGGUUGUCAUUUUGUUUGAAUUCUUGAAAAAACUUACAGUGUACAGUGAAAUAAUGUUCUCUAAGUUAUGGAUGUAGUACUGUAAAUGUAUUGUAAAUAUGGUCCUAAAUAUUUAUAUAUAUUUUGUAUCUUCAGAUGCAUUAUUUGUAUUAUAGGAUGUAGAAACAGAGCUGCCUGCACGUGCCCCUGCUGUUUUUGUCUCGUAUUGGAAUUAAGGGAUUAUUAUAAUAAACCCCCUAAAAUGGCUACCUACGUUUCUCUCAAAUCCUGUGAUAAGCUUUGGCAUUUCAGCAUUGCAGCAAACAGUCCGUCCUUAUGCUCUGUAUAAAAAUAUCACUCAAAAGACUGUAUAUAUAUAUAGUCACAGGAAUGUGACAGAAAUCUUG